CUGAAAACACUAGUUUUCAGGAUUGAUUGAUCGGUUGAUUGAAUUUCAGUUUUUGCAGUUUUCAGUUCUAUUCUUUGAAUCUAGCAGGAUUUUUUUAUUGAAGAGAGAGAGAGAGAGAGAGAGAGAGAGAGACUGUAAUAAAUGUAGUGCUGGAGGAGGCGGGGCACCGUGCCUUUUGUUGAUGCUGCUGCAUGAGACUGUAUUCACUUCUGCAUGGGAUGCUGAGAAAGUCUCUUUACGACACUGAAACCUACAUCACCUAGAGCUUUUCUAUUCAUUACUGCAAUUUAACUUUCAUAGGAACAUGGGAAUUUGGGACUAUACUCUUUAUUUUACCACCACAACCUGCCUAUGGAGUGUGUCACUUCAGGGACAGCAUCAGAGGAGACUCUACAGAGACUUGAUGAAAGACUAUAACCCACUGGAGAGACCUGUGUUCAAUGACACACACUCACUCACCGUGUAUUUCAGCUUCAGUCUCAUGCAGAUUAUGGAUGUGGAUGAGAAGAAUCAAGUACUUACAACCAACAUCUGGUUGCAGCUGUACUGGUACGACUACUAUCUUCACUGGAACAUGUCUGAAUAUCCCGGAGUGACGAAUGUACGAUUUCCUGACAGUCAGAUCUGGAAGCCUGACAUCUUACUGUAUAACAGUGCUGAUGAAAGGUUUGAUGCCACAUUUCAUACUAACGUGCUGGUGAAUUCCUCUGGUGCCUGCCAGUACCUACCACCAGGGAUAUUCAAAAGCACCUGCCACAUCGAUGUUCGCUGGUUCCCCUUUGAUCUUCAGAGGUGUGAUUUGAAGUUUGGCUCCUGGACGUAUGGAGGAUGGUCCCUGGAUCUGCAGAUGAUCGAUGCUGACAUCACAGGAUAUAUUGCAAAUGGAGAGUGGGACCUUGUGGAGGUUCCAGGUCGACGGAAUGAGAGAUUCUAUGACUGCUGCAAAGAGCCGUACCCAGAUGUGACUUUCACGGUGGUGAUGCGGAGACGGACGCUAUACUACGGUCUAAAUCUGCUUAUCCCCUGUGUGCUCAUCUCUACUCUGGCCCUGCUGGUCUUCCUGCUGCCUGCUGACUCAGGCGAGAAGAUCUCUCUUGGGAUCACAGUCCUCCUCUCUCUGACAGUUUUCAUGCUUCUGGUAGCAGAGAUAAUGCCCGCAACAUCAGACUCUGUGCCUUUAAUAGCUCAGUAUUUUGCCACCACCAUGGUUAUUGUUGGCCUGUCUGUGAUAGCCACAGUCUGGGUAUUACAAUACCACUACCAUGACCCGGAUGGAGGAAAAAUGCCAAAAUGGACCCGCGUGGUGCUGUUGAACUGGUGCGCGUGGUUCCUGCGGAUGAAGAGGCCUGGUGAGGACAGAGUCCGCUCAGCUUGUCACAAUAAGCAGCCGCGCUGCAGCCUCUCCAGCGUGGAUCUGAACAUCAGCACUGGAGCCACGCAGUCCACUAAUGGAAACCUGCUGUACAUCGGCUUCCGUGGAAUGGACACUAUUCACUAUGCCACUUCACCCGAUUCAGGGGUGAUCUGCAGCCGGCUCGUCGCCACGGGCGAGGAGGAUGUGCUGCUCCCUGGUGCUCAGGCUUCUUCCGUUAGUAGCGGCCCUGGAGAAAGUGAACUGUCCAAAAUCUUGGAUGAAGUUCGGUACAUUGCCAAACACUUCCGGGACCAAGACGAGGAGGAGACUAUGUGUAAUGAGUGGAAGUUUGCAGCAUGUGUCAUUGACCGUCUUUGUCUCAUGGCCUUUUCUCUGUUCACCAUCCUCUGCACCAUUGGUAUCUUAAUGUCUGCCCCUAAUUUUGUAGAGGCCAUUUCCAAAGAUUUCUUUACCUGAGAUAUUUGUACUUCUCAGAGCCUCUUAAGUGUCAUAAUAUAUUUCUUUUAUCGAUUAAUUACAAUUUAAUUUGAACUAGUAGUUUAUCCAAAAAGGAGAUUCACUUUAACUGUAUGGAAAAGAGCAGCGUGAACAUUUUGCUUAGGCUGUUCUUUAGUUUUUCACGCAAGAAAUUAAUUUUAGAGACAUGAGGAUGAGUAAAUGAUUUAUAAAUUAUGAACCAUUCCUUCAUGACUGGUCUCAACAUACAAGUUUUUGAGUGUUUGUGUUUUAGUGUCUGUAUAAAUUGAUGUAUUAACUGAAGUGUGCACCAGAGACAGGACUGUAGCCUCAUAUGCACUUUAUAAAAGCUUAUAAUUAUUGAUUGUUUGUUUGUUUUCAUAAAUGUAACCAUUUGCUUUACACACAUUGCACACAUGCAUCUAUGAAUUUCUGUAUUGUCAUAUCUGCCAUUAUGCUUUGUCUAUACUUCUGACUGCUGUUAUAUAUAGUCUUUCGUUGUAUGUAUUAUAACUGCUGGAGAAUCAGUCUGUGUAUGUGAUGAUAUGAAGGUGGAGACCUUUUUUUCCCUAAAAAAUAUUGUACAGUAUAAUGACAAAUAAACAUAUUUUUGUAGGUUGAAUAUGAUUUGUCAAACUUAUUAAAUGUGUUAA